AUGGCGAUGGCGAUGGCGAUGGAGACGGCGACGGGUUUCUCUGGCGAUGGAGACGGCGACGGGUUGAGGGCUACGGGGACGCCGCGGCGAGGAGGGGCAGGCGCGAGGUGGGGGCUCUGUCCGGCGGUUUCCCAUGACAUCUACUACCGGAAGGCCAAGGAGGAGGGGUGGAGGGCUCGCAGCGCCUUCAAGCUCAUGCAGAUCGACCAGGAGUUCAACAUCUUCCACGGUCUCGUCUCAACCCAAUCAGCUCGCUCGCCUUCCUGCCACUUUGCUUCCAUUGGAGUGAAGCGUGCCGUUGACCUGUGCGCUGCUCCUGGGAGCUGGAGCCAGAUGUACAUAUGCUGCCAGGUUAUCAGGGACUUUGAUGGAUGUAAAGCAGACUUGGUUGUGUGUGAUGCUGCCCUGAUGUUACUGGACUUCAUGAUAUGA